AUGGCACCUUCAGAGACAGCCAUUCUGAGCAAUUUCCUCUUGACCCCAGCUCCCUUGCCAACGAUCAUCUCGUUGCAGCAGUUCACCGAGCUCUUCCCAAAGAGACUACGCUCUCACCCGCACAUCAGGGUUCUCUAUCGUGAACUACAAGAGAUUCGCGAGCAGGACAUGGACCUAGUCAAUGAGAACAUUGACAAGGAAGCAGUUCAGGGCGAACGCCAGAAGGCAGAGCUCCGUAAAUCCUUGAUGAAGACAGGCAUUGAUGGCAUUAGCUCCGCUGAGCAGCGCGAGAUGGACAUGGAUGUCGAGCUGUUUGGGCAGACGACUUCUACGUCUAAUUACCACUCAGUAUCGAGUCUCCUCGCGGCUAUGCAGACGGCAUGCUCCAACGUGGAAAACGAGGUGACCGAAGUCGACAAGGAAGCAAGCUCACUCCUGUCCGAUCUCAAUGGCCUGGUGGGUGACUUGAGUGACCUGCGGUAUGGCAAGAUGCAAGGCCCUGUGGGCAUGACAGGCGAGGAGGUAGUCAACGAGGCCAUAAGGGCUCCCUCACGCGUUCCUAACCCUCUCCCCCAGCUCCUCCAAACUCCCUCCGGCCUAGCGCUCUUGGAACUCCAAGGCACGAUUAAUAUCCCUGCUUCCCACGAUGAACGCUCGCACUCCGCCGAAACUCCCGACGGGGCUUCCGUGUUUGAGACUCCGAUCGGCAAGCUUAUGUUCCCGGACUACUCGCCCCAGAAUCCCGCGGACGACUCGGCCUGGAUGAAGCGGGUCUACCUCUACGUCGGACGCUACCAACGCAUAACAGGCGAGGUGAAGAAGCUGCCGAAGCCGCUGGCUCUCGUGCAGCGGAGGCCGACUCCGGCGCCGGCGGGUUCCGCGGGGGGGCACGAGAGUGACGAAUUGGAGGUGGUCGAGGUGGUGCGAUACAAAAUUUACUUCAAGAAUCGACCGGAGCCGGUCAAUGACCUUUAG